AUGGUGCGGUGUUACAUUUUGGCAUCUAUGUUGAAUGUUCUGCAACAUCAACAUCAGUCUAUGCCAUUUGCCUAUGAUAUAAUGCAGAACCUCAAAGAAAUGUUUGGGGAUCAAAAUUGUGCUGCUAGGCAGACUGCUAUAAAGGAACUUAUGAAUACUACUAUGUUUUUCCUAAACUACAACAUGAAAAAGCUCUCUUACUCAUUGGCAAAACUACUUAAAGAGCUUCAAGCAGUUGAGGGCCUCAUCAAGAAGCCAACUAUUGAUCUUGUGAUUGAGAAAGGUUCUUCUUCUAUGCGGAAAGGCCAAAAGAAGUAG